UACGUGUAAGUGUGCCAUGUGUAAGAGCUUUUUAUUUUUACGUUCCUCAGCUUGGAAUUAGGAAAAUACAUCUGUAGGUUGUCGUGUAUGACACUGACAGUUGACAGAUUAAAUUUACUUAUGGAUAUGGCAUAGCGUAUUUUAUUGAUUUUCAAAUUUUCUAUUUUGCGAUCUGGCCGUAUUCAAAUUAAUAUUAACUUGGGCCAUAACAGUAAAGUAGCGUAUUAGAAAAUGUGAAUAAUUGGACGAUUCAGGGCUCAAUAAUGGCAGCUACUUAUUUUAUGUUGAAAUUACUUGAAAAGAAACGUAUGGCUCGCAAACUUCGUAAUCUUACAAAUGGAAACUUAAAUAAUGAACAAAUAAUUACAGACCAUACUUCAAAAGAUACUUUCAGGUGCAGGGUAUGUUUAAAGAAAGGUAAGAUACCAAUAUUUGGCGAUGAAAGUUGUAGAAAUAUUUCCGAAGAUAUAUGUUUAUUUGGUGACAUUGUAAUCAGUAAGGAAGAUAAUCAUCCCCAGCACUUGUGUGAUGCUUGUAAAGCUUUACUUGAUGCUGCCAUCCUUUUUCGGAGAACUGCAAAAGAAAGUGAAACAGUGCUUAUGAAAAGUUUAGAACUAAAAAUAAACACUGAAGCACCGUCUGAUAUUGAUGAUUAUGAUCAUGAGAUAAAUGCAGAUGAAAUUACUCAUAAAGAUGAGUAUGAAUCUCAAUUGCAACCUGUAAAAUCAUUUAAUUGUAAGCUAUGUAAGAAGAAUUUCAGAACAAAUGAAGAAUAUGCAAGACACAGAAGUUCCAGGGAACAUAAGAAUGUAAGGAUACAAUGUUCUAUUUGUAAUCGUUUGCUAACAGCUCAGUUGUAUAAGAAACACUUAGUUAGACAUCAAACUGCGUCACAUUUGAUAUGUGAAGUUUGUGGGAAAUUGUAUAGAAAAGACAAUUUAAUUAGACAUCUACAGUUGCACAGUUUUGACUUGCCAUUCCAAUGCCAGGUGUGUCCAUAUAGAGGCAGAUUUAUUGAGUCACUCAGGAUACAUAUGAGAACACACACUGGAGACAAACCAUUUUCUUGUGACAAGUGCCAACUUAGGUUCUUGACUCGUAGCAACCUUAACAGACAUCUACUGACACAUAGAAAAGAAAGACCAUUCAAAUGUACUGAAUGUGGCCGGGGUUUUUACACCAAGUGCGAUAUGGAUGUACAUUUUAAAUCAGAUCAUGUGGGGAUUAAGGAUUUUGUGUGCAGAAUGUGUGGGAGCAAAUAUGGCACAAGAAAAGCAUUGAUGAGACAUGAAUUGAGGGUUCAUAAAAGGGAUAAAAUGGCUAAGGGAAGAGUGCCUUUAUAUUUACAGAGUGAAUACAGGAAACAAAGUGAGGAGCAUGUGCAAAUUUAAAACUGGACAAGCAUGGUAAAAGAAAGUUCAAGACAUUUUUGCUAGUACACACUAAAUAGUAAAGGUAGAAUACGGAGAUGUAAAAUACCGUUUCAAUUUUAUACCAUUUCAAAAAAUAUUACAAUUCACAAAGGGUUAUUCAAUUAAAAGAACUUGACUUUCA